ACAAGGUCCAGACGUGUGCGUUGCUGUGCGGGCCGGGGCGGACCUCAGCUCCCCUCCUCGUUCCCAGCUCUGCUCAGUUCCUCUCUGCGCUGUCCUCAGCUUCUGCCCCUUCAUCCGCAGGUUCUCUCCUUUACGGUGGAUUCAUGCUCAGGUCUCGCCCUCCUCCUCGGUCGCCAUGCAGAACAACCACAAGGAGCACCUCUAUAAGAUCCUUGUGAUAGGGGACCUCGGGGUCGGAAAGACCAGCAUCAUAAAGCGCUAUGUCCACCACAACUUCAGCCCCAACUACAGGGCCACCAUCGGGGUGGACUUCGCGCUCAAAGUCCUCAACUGGGACCAGGAGACGGUGCGUCUGCAGCUGUGGGACAUCGCAGGUCAGGAGCGGUUCGGCAACAUGACCCGUGUGUAUUACCGAGAAGCCAUGGGUGCCUUCAUCGUGUUUGAUGUCACUCGUCCCGCCUCCUUUGAGGCCGUCACAAAAUGGAAGGAGGACUUGGAUUCCAAACUGACACUAGCCAAUGGGAAACAUGUAGCCACUGUGCUUUUGGCUAAUAAAUGUGACCAGGGUCGGGAUGUACUGACCAAUAAUGGAAUAAAGAUGGAGCAGUUCUGCCAGGAGAACGGCUUUGUGGGAUGGUACGAGACAUCUGCUAAGGAAAACAUCAACAUCGACGAAGCAGCCAACUGCUUGGUGAAACACAUCAUCUCCAGUGAGAACGACAUGCUCCAAUCAGAAGUCCCCGACACCAUCACCCCUCAGUUAGAGAAGGACAAAGGCGGGACGUGCUCUUCCUGCUUCAGAUCCCAGUAACACCUCCUGACAGCUGGACGUCCUUUUGUGUCUCAUUACACACAAAGUCAAGUCUGAGCAAGACACAGAGGAAGAACUGCUUUGGCUUUUUUUUUUAAGGAAGAGGAUGAGGGUGCCAGCUCUUCUCCUGUCUGCUAGCUUUGGGUUGGGUGACAGAGGGGCAGCUGACUCAAGAAUUGGAAGGACUGAAACAGAGACAGACAGGGAGAAAGAGAGAUGGAUGCAGCUGUGUGCGCUUGUCAAAGGCAAGGUCACCCCCUGCCUGGGUGACUUCAAGCCUUGACACUGCCACUUCAGUUGCCAUGGAGACACAGUUAAUGAGCACAUGCACAGAGAGGUUGCAGCAAAUCACAGCGUAUCUGUACUAAAAGGUCGAUGGAGGUAAUCACUAUACAAACUAUGAUAGCUGUCUCCCUUUCUCCCUCCCUGCGGUCGUCUCGCUUCUUUUCCUUCUGAUUUCUUGUCAUUUUUUUCCUCCUUAACCAUCCAUGUUUUAGGUUUUCGUAUCAUUCUGGGCUAAUUAGCAGACAAAAGGCAAAUUUAGGUUUAGUUUUCUACCAGCUUUUCAAAACCAACCCCUCUCUGUCCCAAUAAAGCCAGAGUCAUAUUUUAUGAUUUUUUUGGCCUUCAUUUUAUUUUCCAUUGUCAUUUUUAUUCAGUUUUGUGGGGUGUCCUUCCUCAUCUACACCUGCUGGUUCCCGUAAUGUAUAGCAGACUGUAUGGAUGUCAUUUCUAACACAGCCCAUUUUAUUUAAUAGAUAAACUCACUACACAUAUAUAUUAUUUAUAAAUGCUCCUAAAUGUGUGUAUUUUUUUCUUUUUUUUCAUCACCGAGGUAGAAUUAAUUUCAUUUCAACGGUGACGUAUUCAGAAUUGAAUUAAUAUUGAAUGUGUAUCAAACAAAGCUGUGUUAAAGCAACUCUGUUGUAUCUGCUUUAAUCCAGUGGUUUGAUAUGAAAUUUCCACUCCACUGUGAAAUAUUUGUAAUAUUUGUAAUUAUGGAAUAAAUGCAAAUAUGUAUACAGCUAUGUACAUAUUAUAUAAAGCAGACUAAGACAUAAUAGAACCAAAGAUAUAUCCAGUUUUCAAAAAUGUUCAUAUGAAAUAAACUUUAGCUUUACUGAC